AUGCCAGAGGCUCAGGACAAGUUUCCUCUUCAUACUGCAGCUCGCGAGGGCAAAGUAUCUAUCGCAGAAACCAUACUCAAGACGGAACCCAAGCUGGCUGUACGAGAAGACGAUGACGGCAGACUUCCCAUACACUGGGCCGCGUCCUCCAACUGCAUCGACAUCGUCAUCCUACUUACGCAGAGUCGUAGCUUUGACCCUGAUGUCCAAGAUGGCAGCGGCUGGACGCCACUGAUGAUCUCUGCAAGCCUCAAAGAUGGCGAGGAUCUCGUCAAUUUAUUUCUCCAAAAGGGCGCCGAUGUCAACCUGAAGAACCAUAACGGACAGAGUGUUAUGCACUUUGUGGCAUCAAAAAACAACUUAGACGUCGCGAAAAAGCUUCUCAACCACGAACCGCCCGCAUCCACCAAGAUCCGCGACAAACGCAGCCAGUAUGCCAUACACAGGGCUGCUGCCGUAGGCUCAGUUCCGAUGGUGGCACUUCUGAUCAAACACGGGAGUCCCCUCAAUGCCACCGACGCCUCUGGCUACACUGCCCUGCACCACGCUGUUGCUGAGGGCCACGCAGUAGCUUUACUAAAAGCUGGCGCCGUGAUCAACAAAAAGGACAAUGAUGGGUGUCUACCUCUAGAUUUGGCCCCUGAUAAAGAGGUCCGCCGGUUCAUUGAACGCGCUGCCGAGGAGGAGGGCAUAGAGCUAUGA